GUUACCACGGUUUCUCCCCGACUCGCUGUGUUGUUGACAUCCAGCUAACUAGCUUAGCUUAGCAUAGCUUAGUCUCCCAGCUCUUCGCAAGUAAUGUCGUUAAUAAGUGUAAAGUUUAUUAUUUUAUUAACAUGUAACAUCCCCGGAUAAUAUCACACAUUUGACUAAUCUUCGAUGAGCGAACACGCUUCUGUGCUUUUAUAUUUAUAAAAGGCAGCAUGAAUGCAGCGUCGCUCCAAAUAGGAGACCAGCUGAUCCUGGAAGAGGAUUAUGAUGAAGGCUACAUCCCAUCUGAACAAGAAAUCCAUGAGUACGCCAGAGAGAUUGGUAUCGACCCUGCCCGAGAACCCGAGCUCCUCUGGCUGGCCAGGGAGGGCAUCGUUGCUCCACUGCCUGCCGAAUGGAAGCCCUGCCAGGACGUGACGGGAGACGUUUACUACUUCAACUUCUCCACCGGACAGUCGACGUGGGACCACCCCUGCGACGAGCAGUACCGUCACUUAGUGGCUCAGGAGAGGGAGCGCGCCUCGGGUUCCGCCCCUGCCAAAAAGGACAGGGAGAAAAAGAAGAAGAAGGAAAAGAAAAAAGAGAAGAGGAAAAGCGAGCAGGAGGGCCUGAAACCGCCGGGUUCUGCAGAUACGGUGAUGCUUCAGAUGAACGGAGGAAAGAGUAGAAAAGGAAAGAAGGAAUGUUUAAAUGAAUGUAAAGCCUCGUCUAGUGCUGCCCACGCCCCUGUGCCCCUGACCGUACCCCCAGCUCUAUAUACAGUCCUUCCCUUCCAUCCUCUCUCUCUACCUUCAACCAAAUCCACACAGGGUCAGUCCUCAUUGGUCGAGCCAGGCGUCCAGCGGUGCCAUCGUCCAGUAGAGAGGGGAGAGAACGCACUCUCAGAAAAAUACAGCGAUGGAGAGAUUCUGCUAGUGAAAGGAAUGCCGAUAGGGAGAUUGAGUGAUCGUGGUAGUAAAGGCAAGGAGAUAGGGUCAGAGGGCAAUGAGGAUUUUAGUGUUGGCUGUUACAGACAGGCUGUGUGUCACUACUGUAGUGAUACAGACACACCAGAGCGGUCAACAAUCCACCUUCCGCAACAGCAUGCGGAGAGACAGGGCGCGCUGGAGCAUGAGGUGAAGGACACACAGUCGCUGGGUCUGCUGGGUCCUCUGGGUCCGCUGGCUCCUCUCAGAAGUGUUUGUGACGCUCCUGUUUCAGCGCUGCGUGGUUCCCUCGGCAGUUCCUCCAGCCUCCAGCCUCUGAAGACUUCACUAGGGGGUGUGUUAUCAGGGGUGAGCUCCGGCCUGUUCAGGGGUCGAGCAGAUGAGCAGCAAACAUCCUCAGUUCCUUCUGUAUUUCACUCCGACUCUGAUGAGGAUGAAGAGGUGGAGAGGCGAAAGACUUCAGUCCGUCAGAGUCCACGUGGUCCGUCUCGUUUGCUGCAGAAUCUGCACCUGGACCUUGACGCACUGGGAGGAGGACUACAGUACGAGGACAGCGAGGUGAGCGGCACCGGUCCCGCUGAGGAGAGAACCGAACCAGAACUCCAAGAUCUGGCUCUGUCUGCGGAAAACAGUCCUGAACCGCCGUCUCGGGAAUCAGAGAUCAGCGAGCAUGUUGAAGCAGUGUCAUGCGGUUCUGAUGAUUUCAAGGUGGGUUUCCGUUCCAAGUUUUCUGAGAACAUUCUAGAUCUGUCGGAUCUCUGGCCGGCCAAACCCUCAUCAGCAGCGUCGGAGGAGAACGAGAAGGGUGAGGAGGUCAAGGAGAUACGACCUAAAGCUGCACAGAGCAGCAGGUUUUUAAAGAGUUUGGAUUCGAACAAACCCCCCUCUGAUCAUGCAGAAGAACUCUUAUCCCCACCGUCCUCUUCAUCUCUCUUUAAACAUGAGGAGGUGAGGGGAGGAGAGAAGGUGAAAGAGGAGGAGAGAAGAAAGCAGGAGUCUGAUGAGAGAAGAAAGCAGGAGGAGAAAAAGAGAGAGGAGGCGGAGAGAAGGAGGGAGGAGAAAGAGAGAGAGGAGAGGAGGAUGGAGGAGAAAGAACAGGAGAAGGAGGAGAGGAGAAAGAAGGAAGAGAAAGAGAAGGAGGAAAAGCUGAAGCGGGAGCAAAGAGAGGAGGAGGAGAGGAGAAUAAGCAAAGAAACAGAAGCGAGGAGGAAAGAGGAGGCGAGAAGAAGCAAUGAAGAGAGACAGAAAGAAGAGAGAGAAACACAGAGGGAGAUGGUGGAGGAGAAGCUUAGAGCGAAGGCUGAGCAUGAGGAAAGGCUGCGCCUCCUCCGAGAGGAACUGAGAAAAGAAGAGGAGGAGGAGGAGCAGAGGAUGAAGGAGGAGAAUGCGGAGAAGAUCAGGGCUCUUAACGAAAGGCUGAAGAGAGAGAGGGUGCAGGAGGAACAGCGUCUGGACCAGGAAACACAAGCCAAAUUACAGCAGCUCAGAGAGCAGGCGCUUAAAGAAAGAGAGGCACAGCUACACACACUCAGGGAGGAGAGCGAGGAGAAGCUCCGAGAGCUGAGCGCCCAACUGGAGGCCGAGCGAGAAAGCUUGGAGGCGCAGAGGAGGCGAGACUUGGACAAUCUGAAAGCGGAGUCAGAGGAGGAGCUGAGGAGAGAGAAGAAACGUCUCGAGGAGAGGAGAGACGAGCAGUUAGCAUCACUCAGACUGGAGGGGACUACGAGUGAUCCACAGAGGGAGAUGAGGGGGAGAAGUCCUCGACCUGAAUACCAGCUGAUGGAGUAUAAACGAGAGCUGACUCAAGUGCUGCAGGAAGUGAGGGAGGAAGUGCAGAGGGAGCACAACAGAAAGCUGGAACGGCUCAAAGAGGAGCAUCGGCACCAGAUCCAGGCCAGGAGAGAAACACAGCUGGAGGAGGAGCAGACCCAGAGGGAGCGGUUACAGAGCACUCUGCAGGACGAGCGAGACCGCCUGCUCACCUCACACGCCACUCAAAUGGAACAGCUCACACUGCAGCUGGACUCACAGCUCCACAAGUGUCGCACAGCACACACACGCAAGGAGGCUGAGGUGCAGGAGCUGAUUGAGAAGCUGGAGUUAAAAACCAAAGAGCUGAAAUCUCAGGAAUCAAGACUCCAGGCUCAGGAGGCAGAGCUGAAGCGACGAAGACGACAGCUCUGUGAGGAAGAGGAUGAAGUUGAGAGAGGUUUAGAGAUUCUUCCACGCCUGCUGAAAGAGAGGGACCGCCUGCGCGCCGAGCUGGAGAGGGCGAGAGAGGAAAGCGACAGGGCGAGGGACGAGCUGGACCGAGAGAAGCAGGAGAGAAAAAAAGAGAGGGAGGAACGCGAAAGAGUUAAAGAGGAGAGACAGAGACUCCAGAGCAAAGUGGAGCUACUGCAGGACAAGUGUGAUCGACUCAGUCAGGGAGUCAGUCAGUUGGAGCAGAGAGAGAGCAUGAUCCGUGAGGAAGAGGAGAAGAAGGAUGUUGAAAGGAUGAACAGAAAGCGAGAGGAAGAACUGCGAGUGGAGGACCUGGAGCCCCGCGACUCUCAGAACAGCUUAGACAACCUGCGAGAGUUCAUCUCGAGCGAGAGCGUGUCUCUUCAGAGAGCGAGACGCUUUUUAGACCAACAGAGCGGCAAUCUGGGAGAGAGACAGGAGAUGCUCAAAGUGGCACGGACCACCCAACCGGACCACCAGCUACACCACAGCGUCCAGCAGGAGGUGAAUCAGCUGGAGGAGCUUCAGGAGACGGUUCAGAGGGGUCACACACUUCUGAAAACGAAGGAGGAGAGACUAAACCAGCUGGAGAACUCACUAGCCGAGGAGCUUUCUUAUGAAGAUGGUGAGAGGACGGAUGGCGAGCGGAGAGUCACUUUUGAUGUUUCAGAUUCAGAAACAAGCAGCGUGUACGGCCAAGAGGAAACGGUUCCAGUAAAGGUGCACCAGUUGGCCGAGUCCCUGCAGCAGAUCUCGGGUCAGAUAAACACAGUGAUAGGAGCUUUGUUACCACUGACCCAAAAAACAUCCACACCUCUCACCAGAUCCUCCACAGUUCCUCCUGUUCCUGGUCCUUCCUGGGCAUGGCCUCCAAACUCUAUCGCUCUGUCCUCUAUAGCCAAUCAGAAUGGGUUUACACACAACCCCGUUAACGGGAUCACAACGCCACGUGGAUCUGAUCUGCUGAUCUCCAACUGGAGAAAACUCCUCCCCGGGGUUUCCAAUGACACCAGCACAUCAUUUCCUACAAGAGCACAUACAGCUUAUUCUGCAUACACUGCGCCAAGUCUUUCCUCAAUACAGUCUAAACCCUCAGAGAUGGACAGCCUGAGGUUGCAGGGACUGAUUGACGGCAACAAAAGAUGGCUGGAGACCAGACGCAAAGACAUGCCUCUGUUCACACGCUACCGAACUCCUUCUUCUACCAAUGGUUUGGUCCAACUGAGCCUGGAUGAGAAUAAUCAGAUCAGGAUGCACCAUUACUGAAAUAAGACGGUAUAAAAGCUCGUUUUAUUGAAGUAAAGGCAGAAUAAGAAGCGUGACGGAUCAGAUUAUAUUACACUAAUCAGGUCAAUAAAGCACAGAAGUGUGAGGCGAUGUGAGUGUGAGAGAGUGAGAAUGAGAGAUUAUAAAACACAAUAUAUUUUUCCGGUAAGAUGUUUUAAACACCUCACUUCUUUUGUUUUAAAGAAACUAUGAACUAAACACAUUUGAUUAUACAAUGCCCACCAUUAGACUCAGCUAGCCAGCAGCAUACUUAAGAUGUUAUCAGUAAAAUAGGUGUAUGUUUAUGAUUAAAAAGUCUAUUUGAUAGUUUUAAAUGGUGAGAUUUUGUGCUUUUAUAACAACAAAACAGAAAGAAUUUAGGACUACACGUCAAGUAAUAGAUAAGAAAAAGCACAACACAACAGACAUCACAAUCUCAGGAGUGUGCUAAUGUACUGCUAGCACAGCAUUGCUAACGGCUAAUCCCUCAAGGCAAGAUGACCAGCAGUGUUACAUUACAAACUCGUGUGUUCACAAAUGGAUGUUUUAUUAAAUUGUUUAUAUAAUUUUUUAGCUCAGACAAUCCUCACUUUGUGUAGAGUUGAAUUAUUACAGGUAUUUUUGUACUUGCUGAAUAAAUAUGCAGUGCUUUGUAUAAA